UACUCCUCAGUCUUGUGUGACGUGAUUUUUAUGCAGUCAUGUCUGCUUCAGAGCUCUUUGUUGCUGCUGCUCGUAAGUAUCUGUCUGCUGGUAGAAAGUCCCUCUCUGCUCCUCAGAGUCUGGACCUGGCUGCUCAGGUGUCAGCUGUAGAUUUGGGAUUGAAGCCUGCUGUUCUGUACGAUAUUAACGGUGCCUGCGCAGAACAAGUAGAGCACUAUCUGAGCUCUUUGCAGUCUCUCCAGCUUGUGUCUAAAUCGCUGCUCACGCUGGAUUUAAAUGGAAAUGGUCUCAUUGUUAAUCCGGUCACAGUCAAGUCAAAUCUAGAGCAGGUUCUUCAUGAGGGGAGCAGUGUGGCCGUGAUUGAUGUCUGCCACUCACAGGAGUCGCCCACCCUCGCUGAUCCGCUGAGGGGAGACCUGAAGUGCAUGAUACAAGAUUUACUACUUCUACUGGGAGGGGUGCAGCAGCUUGACGAGGUUGAGAGGCUUCUCAGUGGCGGAGAGAAAUGUGAGGAGUGGAACCUGUGUACUGUGUUUGGGCUGUUACUGGGUUACCCCGUCACUUACUGGUUUGAUCACACGAAGAGUUUCGACAACUGUCUGUCCAUGACUCCCCUCACGGUGGUUACGGCUUCAGCAACAUGGCAGCCAGAUACUGCAGCUCACAGAUGUUGUCUGUAUUCCUUCAGCGUCCCAGCUGCUCUGCAAGAGGAGAUAAAGUCUGACCUGGAGACCUGGAAACUCCGUCUGCAGCAGAGAUUUGCGCAGCAAAACCUCCUGAAAGAUCUCACAAUUAAUCAAUCUGUAGUCACACUGCCCUCGGUUUGUUUGUGAACAUGAUGUAAUUUUGUCUUUAAAGCAAAAUGCUCUGGGUUAUGUUUGAUUAUUUAUGACUGUAAUAAACACUGUCAAAACA